GCUUCUGCCGCUAUCGAUUGCGCGAGCGGCGAUUGCAAGUAUCUUGGUGUGCCGUACUUGACUUGUACUGCUUUAUCAAUACUCCCCCAGAGCAGCUCCAAAAUCACCCAGCUGCAAUUAAAAAUCAGCAGACAACAUGGCAUCUGGAGCUCCCCCAAACGGCCCUCCCAUGGUCCUCGAACCCCAAAUAGGCCCCGACGGGGAGCCCAUCGGAGGACCAAGGACGCCCCAACAGAUUGCCGCGCAGAAAAGGCUGCAGCAGACGCAGGCACAAGUUGAUGAGGUGGUUGAUAUCAUGAAGACCAAUGUGGAGAAGGUGCUGGAGCGUGAUCAGAAACUUUCAGAGCUUGACGACAGAGCGGAUGCGCUGCAACAAGGAGCCUCGCAGUUUGAACAGCAAGCAGGAAAGCUCAAGAGGAAAUUCUGGCUGCAAAAUUUGAAGAUGAUGAUUAUUAUGGGAGUCAUUGGCCUCGUGAUUAUUGCGAUCCUCGUGUCCAAGUUCAUGCCCGAUCAGCCUCAGCAGCCCGGCUACCCACCUGGCAUGUACCCACCCAUGCAAAUGCCUCCAGUCCAACAAGCACCAGCAGUAGCAGCAGCAGCGGCCCCAGCCGCAGCCCCUACCAAGGGCGCCUAAUCGCAGACACAGACCUCUAUCCACUUUAAUUCAUUUUACUGCGUGGUUUCUAUUAUUGUAUCAAUGUCUCGACCACAUGUACAACCAAUUACCACCGAACCCUUGGGUCUGUAUCUGUGAAAAAGGAAGAAAAAUUAACUCGGCCGCUCUCCUUCACUGUCGUUGGUAGCCACAUUUUCCUCCAAAUUCUAGACCCGGGCAUGAAAAAAAGAUCUCUCUAAUAAAUUCAAUAAAACUAGUUGUUUACUGAGCAAAAUUUACGAAAAGAAGAAGUCAUCAACACCACUUAUAAAAAUACCCAGAAAAUUGUGUGUUUUUGUGUACAUUUUUGACGGAAUAUGUGCGCCGAGUCGGCUUUCAGAGCGCCGACUUUGCUCCAUACAAGUCCCGCGUUUCCGCUCCCCGCGUGUCCAAAUCGAAUUUUGCAGUUCCGAGGAGUUCGGCCGUCAGUCAAUUGGCCUAAGACUUAAUAUCUAAGAGUUGGGAAAGAGCAGCGCCGCACUUCUCGAAACGACAUUUACAGCACGCUGGGGUGCGCGAAAUAAUUAAAUACAAUAAAAGAAACGGACUCCAUCAGAUGUGUACUUUUUGCACUGUGUAAUUGAAACAAUAUGCGCAGGGGCCACUGGCGGCGUCGGGUCGGCCGAGCGCCGCGAGUCGGCCCGCAGGUUUAUCGGUGUACUUAUGAAAAAAGCGAAAUAAAAUGAGACUCAUUCUGUACAAUAGGUGAAUGAAUGUAGAGUCUGUAGAGACUUUGAUUAUCAAGGAUGUAAUCACAGAGCGUCACUGAAUGUUGCAUAAUUCAUUAAUUCCGUUAUGGCCCGAAUGAUAAUACACAACACACACGAGCUGAUUGAAUCCUUAUUGUUUGCCGUUUUUUGUAUUCCUCGAUUUGCCUGACGAGAAAAACAUAUAAAAUGUGUGUGUACUUAAAUAUAAUUACCAUGAUUAAAAGUUUAAUAGUCUUGAGGGUCUUAAGGGAAGACUCGUUGUUGUAUAAUAAGGAGCGAGAGCAAGUUAUAUAUAUAUUUAAAAAAAAAAGAAGGAACAAUUACAUGUACACACCACUAUAAUACCGAUUUUCAACUUGGAUAAUUUUCUUGUUUGGUGCGGUUCACAGCUCUUCAACGACGCUAUGUAAAACUAUUCAGGCGCACUGUGCUGUUAUCACGAGGUACAUUUAUUACAAUGUUGACUAUUUAAAAGAUGUGUAUAUCACUAGGGUAUUAUUCCGUUAGACAACACACACGCUGCAGGUAAUGAAUUACACACUAAAAACUUAAAUUCGUGGCGGCAGGUGAGAUUUUAAAUUUAAAAAAGAAUGAAAACGUCUCUUUAAGAGCAGUUUGACUAUUUGAGGGAAAAGAGUGUAACAGACACAACCACACACGCUGUAAAUUAUAAAUAUAUACAAGACCGACGACGCAUGUAGGUAACGAGAAUUAAUAAAUCAACAAAUACAGAGACACAUAAUGGGCGCUAUAUCAUGUUACCAUCAUGUUACAUUACCAUAAUAGGCUUAUUAACUAUUAUUGGAUUCAUUCAUUUGUGCUGCCCCUUAUUAUUAUAUUAUUGAUUACUAUUAUUAUCGAUUAAAUAAUGUAAAUGAGAUAUAUAACAAUAAAACCAGAACAUAAUAUAUCA